UUUCAGGAAGAAUGGUUCUCUGCUAAAUGCUGUGAUAGGUGUUGGCGCGGCGGCCAUGAUGUUUUUCAGUAGACUGGCCUGGUCCCCCGAGAUGAUCAUAGUGGGCCGUCUGCUCGUCGGUUUUAACUGUGGACUCUACACUGGAUUGUCUCCCCUCUAUCUGUCGGAAAUAGCGACUACGAACAUCCGUGGAGCAUUGGGAGUCCUACACCAGCUAUUUAUAGUAUCAGGAAUUCUCUUAUCACAGAUUCUGGGAUUUCCCGAAAUCUUCGGAAAUAGCCAACACUGGGAUCUCUUACUAGGUUUGACGGUUGUCCCGUGUUUAAUACAACUUCUGGUGAUGCCAUGGAACCCCGAGAGUCCACGCUAUUUACUCAUCACCAAGCAACAAACCGAUGCUGCCAGGAAAGCUUUACAGCGACUGAGAGCAACAGACGAUGUUGAAGAAGACAUGAAGGAAAUGACCAGAGAAGCACAAAAAAAUGCAGAAGAACCAAAAAUCAGCAUUUGGCAGUUGUUCACGAUAAAAUCUCUGCGGAUGCCUCUCAUUAUCAGUAUUGUGAUGCAGCUUUCUCAACAACUAUCAGGAAUCAAUGCGAUUUUCUACUACUCGGCCAACCUGUUCCAGGCGGCUGGUCUGGAGGAGUCGGUCGCUAUGCACGCCACUAGCGGGGUCGGCGCUAUCAUGGUUGCCAUGACCUUGGUGACCUUGCCCCUCAUGGACCGGGUCGGGCGCAGGACGCUCCAUCUCAUUGGUCUAGGCGGGAUGUUUAUUUUUAGCAUCCUCAUCACUGUCUGUCUCACACUGAAGGAUGUUGUCACGUGGAUGAACAUGGCGAGUAUUGUCGUGUCUCUCAUGUACGUCGUGUUCUUCGCCGUCGGCCCUGGCUCCAUCCCCUGGCUCAUCAUCGCCGAGUUGUUCUCCCAGGGGCCACGCCCAGCCGCCCUCAGUAUCUCCGUGCUCGUCAACUGGGUCGCAAACUUCUGUGUCGGCUACGCAUUCCCUCACAUGCAGAAAGGACUUGAGAAUUAUUCCUUUGUUCCGUUUACAAUUCUUCUGGCUCUGUUCUGGAUUUUCACGUUUGUGUUUCUCCCAGAGACUAAAAACAAGACGUUUGAUGAGAUUUCCACGAUCUGGCGCAAACAUAGAGAGCCGGAUACCAACCGGAACAAAGAGCCAUAUCUCGUGUCAUAUAGUACUGAACACAGCUAAUUGUAUCCAUGUGUCAGACUGUCUCUUUGUCUGUCUUUGUGUCUGUGUGUCUGUCGGACCAGAACAGAGAGCCAUAUCUCGUGUCAUACAGUACUGACCACAGAUAAUUGUAUCCAAGUGUCUGUCUGUCUGUCUGUCUGUCUGUAUGUCUAUGUGUCUGUCUGUCUGUCUGUCUGUCUGUCUGUCUGAUGAGAACAGAGAGCCAAAUCUCGUGUCAUACAGUACUGACCACAGAUAAUUGUAUCCAAGUGUCUGUCUUUAUGUCUGUCUGUAUGUCUGUCUGUCUGUCUGUCUGUCAGACCAGAACAGAGAGCCAUAUCUCGUGUCAUACAGUACUGACCACAGAUAAUUGUAUCCAAGUGUCUGUCUGUCUGACUGUCUGUAUGUCUAUGUGUCUGUUUGUCUGUCUGUCUGUUUGUCUGACGAGAACAGAGAGCCAAAUCUUGUGUCAUACAGUACUGACCACAGAUAAUUGUAUCUGACUGUCUGUCUGUCUGUCUGUCUGUCUGACCAGAAAAGAGUAUCGUAUCUCGUGUCAUACAGUACUGGACACAAAUAAUAUUGCAUUUGAGUGAAUGUCUGUCUUUCUGUCUGUAUGUCUGUAUGACUGUCUGUCUGUCUGACCAAAACAGAGAGCCAGAUCUUGUGUCAUACAGUACUGACUACAGAUAAUUGUAUCCAAGUGUCUGUCUGUCUGUCUGUCUGUCUGACCAGAACAGAGUGCUGUAUCUUGUGUCAUACAGUACUGAACACAUAAUUGUCUCUCUGUCUAUCUCUAUGUCUGUCUGUGUGUGCGUAUGUACAUGCAUGUGUGUUUGUGUAUGUGUGCAGGGGUCGAAUUUUUUUGUUUAACCUCUGUUCCAAAGGAACAGUGCAUUUUAUAAAGCACUGUUCCAGCUGAGAAUGCAGUAACCUACUAAAAUUUUGUUGAUUGCCCAUAUUGAUUUACAAACCAUUUUAUUAGUCCCCUACUGGAGGGGCGUAUAUGUUUUGACUCCAUGCUUUUGUCUCUGCGUCUGUCCAUUAUUUGUUUUUCCAGGCAAUUGUUCUUAAUGCCUCAAUAUAUUAAGCAUAAAGUUUGUGUAUAACUGUCUCGUGUACUAUUACAUAUCAAGUUAGACUUUAUAGCGAUUUACUCAUUUUUACAGAUGUGCGGGACAUAGCUCAGUGGUAUAGCGUUCGCUCGAUGCGCGGUUGGUCUGGGAUCGAUUCUCAUUG